UUGCAUUGGAAGAACUACCGAUGUCGGCCGAGUUAAGGAUCUCUUCAAUUCCCCUUUCUUUAACUGUCCUCGUGUACGCCCAUGUGAAUGUGGGUGUAUUCACGAGGACACCCUUUUUACCCUAUAUCCCGUCUGGUGUAAUAUAACUCUUCAGCGGAAGGUUGGAGCAACUGUAGAUGCCUGGCUGUAUUUCCCGGGCAGAAAGAUGAGCAAAGGGAGGAGCUGAUGAUUCAAGAACCACUGAAUGAUCGGGCUCUUCGGACGACAUAUAUCCUCCGUCGAGAUGCGCGCGCAAUUCGAAAUAAUCUGACAAAAAAAAAAAUCCCAACCCCGGAUCGUGGAUCUGGCGAGGGGUAUAGACACACACAACAGGAUCGAGAGAGAGUGUGUGUGUAUAGUGGGUGGCGUAUAAUGUUAUUGGAUGAAAGUGAUAGAGAGAGAGAGAGAAGGUUGAAAAGCAGAACGCCACCGGCUGGAACGUGUCAGUUGACUCGGCACGAUCGGCAACUCAAGAUCGAAGCAGCAGUGAAAAGGGCUGACAUUUUCCCGCUUGAAUUUUUCAAAUAAUCAAACACAAGUUUCGGUUUAUAGACCCUCCACCCCGAAAAACCAGAAAUUAGAUUGAACUUUUCUUCGACCGCGCGGUUCGAUUUUCGCUGAAACAUUCGACAUGGUCGUGAAAUCGGCCCGGCAGCCGCCAAAAAGAGCCAAUAACAACAACGAAUCGUGUUACUGUUAUUACCGCAAAUUGAUCAGCUAUUAAACUUUGAUACAAUUUAAAAAAAAACGACAGUUGGUGAUUGAUUGAACUGCCUGGAGGAGAUUUAGGAAAUUGAAGCCGAGCAUGGCUAAAAAGAUGUUGGGCUCUGUGUCGCAAUUGAUUCUCUUCUUCUACUUCUCGGCCAAUCCCGUCGCCCUGUCGGAUGCUUCCACAGCAUUGUCACCGGCCCAGCAGACGGGACUCCCGCGGGUUUCCUUCGCCGAGCCGGUGCCCAACGUGACGGUGGCCGUCGGCCGUGACGCUGCGCUAUCAUGCGUCGUCGACAAUUUGGGAAGCCAUAGGGUGGCCUGGGUCCAUCUGGAUCGACAAAUGAUCUUAACGAUCCACCGUCAAGUGGUGGCCCGGAUCGGCCGCUUCUCCGUCUCCUACGACCACCAGCGCACCUGGCACUUGCACAUCCGCGGAGUCCAGCAGGAAGACGCCGGCCGCUACAUGUGUCAAGUCAAUUCGGAGCCGAUGAUCAGCCAAGUGGGCCACGUUCACGUUGUCGUGCCGCCGUCGGUGAUCGAUGAGGACAGUUCACCGUCGCAACUGUCCGUCAGGGAGAACGUUCGCGUUUCGCUCCUCUGCCGCGGCCGGGGCGUUCCGGCGCCGAGAGUCAACUGGAAAAGAGAAGACGGCCGACCUCUUAUCGAAGGCAAGACGGGCAAUCAUCAAAUGGAAAAUUCUUCUGGCGUGACCAAACGUGGAGAUUUGCCGAGCCGCUUGGUCGUGGCACAAGACGGAGAGGAGCUCAUCUUCUCUAAAAUCAGCCGGACCGAUUCGGGAGCUUAUUUGUGCAUCGCCAGCAACGGGGUGCCGCCAAGCGUCAGCAAACGCAUAACUCUCGACGUCGAGUUUGAACCGAUGAUGUUCGUGCCGCAUCAGCUGCUCGGCUCGCCACUUGGAGGCACUUUAAUCCUCGAGUGUCUGACCGAAGCUCACCCGCGUCCCAUCACGUUCUGGACCCGCACGGACACCAACAACGUCAACGGCAUCAUGCUCCUGCCAUCCAAGCGGCUCCGGCUCGACACCUUGCACGUCGGCUACCAGACGCAGAUGAGGCUGCACAUCCACCAGGUGGAGGCCCAGGACAUUGGCCACUACAAGUGCGUCUCCAAGAACUCGCUGGGCGAGGCCGAAGGAUCCAUCCGAGUUUACGAAAUGUUGUCGACUCCCCCGCCACCCAAACAGGUUGACGCUCGUCUGACUUCAACGGCAACGUCGACCUUUUCCCCAGCGGCGGCGAUUCCUUCGGCGGUGAACGAUGCGGACAGACGGCCCGGAGAGAACGACGACAAUUCGGGCGAAUUCACCGAGACUGGCACUAACAGGAAAGGAAAAGCGACUCACGAAAGCGUUCUGGGCGACCAGACUGUUCCGUACAAGAACACAGCUAAAAAGUUCAACAGCGUAGCUAAUUCGCGAUCUCAAGGUUCUCCAAGUACCUCAGCUCGGUGGUCGAUGUCGUCGUCGAUGUUGAUCAUCACUUGGUCUAUACAUUCGAUUUUGUUUAGGUGAAAACCAGUCUAAUUUCCCCCCUAAUGCAUUUGGCAAUUUGGUGAGA